AUGACGGCAGUGUUCCUCGUCAACAUUGUUGCCUGUCUCCUGUUCUUGUCCACGCAGAUCACUGCUGAAUGGCAUGAAGGCAGCUUGAGCUCUCCUUAUCUGGAAAAAAAUCCAUGCCAAUCGUCAUAUCUGCCUAAAGUUGACUACACGACGGGUGAUAUUGUGUACUGUUUGCCACCUAAGGACAACGAUGCGUUCUCCGAUGAAGUGAGGUCGUGUUCUGACGUAAGCCCAACUACCGAUUUCUACAAAUGUGUUGAAGGAGAUACGGACGCUGAGCCGGGUGUAUGUUGCAAUGCUUGUCCGUAUGGCACCUUCUGCCCCGCGGAUCCCAGUGCCGAGUGUGUUGCAGAAUACUGCUUCGGACCAGACAACUGCAUCGGGUUUUAUCAGUUUCAAGCUGAUGAAAUGGCUAACGUGUGUCCUAUUAGUACAGAAGGAAAAACACGACGUGAGUGCGAUUAUUUGUGGACGAAGUGGUUCAGUGUGGAUACGCCAGAAGGGGAAGGUGACCUGGAGACUAUGAGCCAAAUGAGAGACCUCUACUCCGAUGAAAUGUGUGGACAUACGGAUGAGUUCAUGGAGAUACGCAGUCGUAACAACCCGUCUGCCAGCUUCCCUGUAUUCAAUCGCUUCAAGACUUUCGGUUACAGCCAAGGUGUGCAGUGUCUGAACGCCGAACAAGACAAUGGUCUCUGUCACGACUAUGAAAUUCGUUUCUGUUGUCAAGAAGAGUACACUCCAAAUCUCCAGAACCCUCAAUCGGCAACCCUGGAUGUCGACGACUCUACAAGAUACGAAAUAUUCUUUCAAAAGCGGAAAUGGAAGACCGCCAGAAACGAUUGCAUCGCGAAUGGUGGUCUACUCGCUACAAUCCCAGACAAGGCCACUGAAGACCAGAUAGUGUCGAAGUUGAACAGGUUCAUCGGAUCUGACAACAUCUCCGUUGGAAAUGUGUGGAUUUCUAUCAACGAUAGGGACGUCGAGGGGACGUAUAAAACUGCAGACCAGAAGGAAGUGACGUACACCAACUGGUUGUCAGGGGAACCUGCCGCGGCACCAGCCAGAAAAGACUGUGCUGAGUUGAGAAGGAAUUCCGGCUAUGGUUGGGCAAUGAACACAUGUAGAGCAUUGAAUUAUUACAUAUGUAGGUACGACUACCCCGUAUAA